AUGGUGUUUUUCGUGAUAUUUCUGAUAGUACUAGUAUGCCACCAGUCGCUCUGUUACCAAAAUUGGAAUCCCAGAGGCAACUCAGGUAGCAACCACGACUUCGACUCAGAUUAUAAUAAUAGAGUUGUCUUCCCGGACACUGACGAUGAUUAUUAUCCAACUUGGUGGCAGCAGAGUACAACCCGUAGACCAAUUCCCACAAAUAACUUUCAGUCUUGCGUGUCCUCGUGUCCUGUGACGCCUUACAACCCCGUUUGUGGCACCGAUGAUGUCACGUAUCAGAAUAUUGAUCGUCUUAAAUGUGUUGCUCGGUGCGGACAUAACAUUCAAGUCAAGAAGUGGUCAGCGUGUGAAACAAAAGAAGAUUCUAGAAGCAACCUCCAAAGUUGUAUCAAAAAAUGUCCCACUACCCCAGAGUAUUUGCCCGUGUGUGGGACCGACAAUGUAACCUACAAUAAUAUUGGGAGACUGUACUGUGCACAAAACUGUGGCGCCCGUGUACAACUGAAAAGGAGUGCGCCUUGUCCUCGAGAUGAUACAACUACUACGGAACGAAGUGUAGACUUUAUUAGGAAAUGUAUAUCAGAUUGUCCAAGCACAACCGAGUACAACCCAGUGUGUGGGUCUGAUGGUGUCACCUACUCAAAUAUGGGGAAACUUCAAUGUGUGCAAGGAUGUGGUGUUGAUGUAACAGUAAGGAGCCAUACAUCCUGUUUCCUCCUAAACACGACACCAGCGCCACAGACCACAACGAUCAACGUGCCUUUUCCAAGUAUGACCACUCCACCCACAGACUUCAUAAUUCCACAGGAUUUGCUUGACCAGGUCUUCAAUAAUCCUCUAGCUCACGAUAACGACGAAGUACCCAAAAUAGAUCCAAGAUUUGAUAUACAUUGA